AUGUGCAAGGCCGGAUUCGCCGGAGAUGACGCUCCUCGAGCUGUCUUCCCCUCCAUCGUCGGCCGACCCCGUCACCAGGGUGUCAUGGUUGGUAUGGGACAGAAGGACUCGUACGUAGGAGACGAGGCUCAGUCAAAGAGAGGUAUCCUUACCUUGAAGUACCCCAUUGAGCACGGUAUCGUCACCAACUGGGAUGACAUGGAGAAGAUCUGGCACCACACCUUCUACAAUGAGCUUCGUGUUGCCCCAGAAGAGCACCCCGUCCUCCUGACUGAAGCUCCUCUUAACCCCAAGGCCAACAGAGAAAAGAUGACCCAGAUCAUGUUCGAGACCUUCAACACCCCCGCCAUGUACGUCGCUAUCCAGGCUGUGCUCUCCCUCUACGCCUCCGGACGUACCACUGGAGUCGUCCUCGACUCUGGAGAUGGUGUCACCCACACUGUCCCCAUCUAUGAGGGUUAUGCCCUUCCCCACGCCAUUCUCCGUCUUGAUCUUGCCGGACGUGAUCUUACUGAUUACUUGAUGAAGAUCCUCACUGAGCGUGGUUACUCGUUCACAACCACGGCCGAGCGUGAAAUUGUCAGAGAUAUCAAGGAGAAGCUCUGCUACGUCGCCCUCGACUUCGAACAAGAGAUGGCUACCGCCGCCUCAUCCUCAUCUCUCGAGAAGUCCUAUGAACUUCCUGACGGUCAAGUCAUCACUGUUGGAAACGAGCGAUUCCGCUGUCCUGAAGCGCUUUUCCAGUGCGAUAUCGAUAUCCGUAAAGACUUGUAUGCCAACACCGUUCUUUCUGGAGGAACAACCAUGUACCCUGGUAUUGCUGAUCGUAUGCAGAAGGAAAUUACAGCUCUCGCACCUAGCACGAUGAAGAUCAAGAUCAUCGCACCCCCUGAGCGCAAGUACUCUGUUUGGAUUGGAGGAUCAAUUUUGGCAUCUCUAUCCACCUUCCAACAAAUGUGGAUCUCCAAGCAAGAAUACGACGAGUCUGGCCCUUCCAUUGUUCACCGCAAAAUGCUUCUAGGCAACAAUCGAGACUUUUGGAUUGUUGUUUAUCCUGUCGUCUCCAUUUUUGGUGUACAUUGA